GUCAUAUCAUGGCGAAAGAACCCAGAAUUUCGCGAUUUCCAGUAGCUGACCUCAUCAUAGAUAGCGACGAGAUGUGCAGGGAUGUACAGGUGUAUUCACGUGUAUGGGAAGUAAAACAGUUGCAUAGAGACCGGUCACCCAUGCCACGACCAAGUCCAGGGCUCAUAGCUUGGCUUGCGGUGGUAGGGUUAGUUAUUGGGAAAUGAUUGAGCCUGACAUUUGACGCUUGUACCUUCGAUGUCCCACAUAAGUCUAUCGAAAUCACAUAUCGAAUAUUUGAAACAUGAUGUAGACAAGCAUGUGCACUCAACUUUGGCAAGGGCCCGUGACGACCAACCCUCAUGUAAAGAAAAGGUAUGAAGGUAAUCGUAUUGAUAAAUAAAGACCUAAGCAAGUAUCAGGAUCACAAUAUGUAAAUGAGGACGUACCUGUCAAUGUUUUCGAGGCAUGAGAGAGUUUUCGAGAGUCCAGUGCAGAUAAGGUUCUUAGUUCCCUCACUUUGGCCC